GGGGAGGAGUCGGGCCGUGGGCGGGGCAUGGGUCACUGAAUGAUAAGAUCAGAAGUGGAGACGGCUCGAUACUGUGGUGAGGUCAAAUGAGGAUGACGAUGCCGCACGUGGGGGCAGUGUUUGCAACAAUAGCAGGAGUGAUGGCCAUCAUGUUGCACUCCUCUAUUCACAAGAUCGAGGAAGGACACCUUGCUGUUUACUACAGAGGUGGCGCAUUGCUGACAUCUCCAAACGGUCCAGGAUAUCACAUUAUGCUGCCUUUCAUUACCACCUACAGAGCUGUGCAGACGACACUCCAGACUGAUGAGAUCAAGAAUGUGCCUUGUGGAACGAGCGGUGGUGUGAUGAUUUAUUUCGACAGGAUAGAAGUUGUGAAUAUGCUGGUCCCCUCAGCAGUGGUGGACAUUGUGAGAAACUACACUGCAGAUUAUGACAAAACACUCAUUUUCAACAAAAUCCACCAUGAACUGAACCAGUUCUGCAGCGUGCACACUCUGCAAGAGGUCUACAUCGAGCUGUUUGAUAUUAUUGAUGAGAACCUAAAGACUGCUUUGCAGAAAGAUCUGAACGCAAUGGCUCCCGGAUUAACGAUACAGGCCGUCCGUGUCACCAAGCCAAAGAUCCCCGAGUCUAUCCGGAGGAACUUUGAACUCAUGGAAGCGGAGAAGACUCGUCUCCUGAUAACAGCUCAGACUCAGAAGGUUGUAGAAAAAGAGGCCGAGACUGAAAGAAAGAAAGCCAUCAUUGAGGCUCAGAAGGUCGCUCAAGUUGCAGAGAUCCAUUUCAAACAGAAGGUGAUGGAGAAAGAGACGGAGAAGAAGAUCUCUGAAAUCGAGGAUGCUGCUUUUCUGGCCAGAGAGAAGGCGAAGGCAGAUGCAGAGUACUACACUGCUGCUAAGUCCGCUGAGGCAAACCAGCUGAAGCUAACGCCGGAGUACCUGGAGCUGAUGAAGUACCAGGCCAUAGCGGCGAACAGCAAGAUCUACUUCGGCCAGGACAUUCCUAACAUGUUCGUGGAGGGAAACAACAUUCCCUCUAAGCCUCUUCCUUCUCCUGACUUGCCUAACACGGAAUCAGACUCGUUCAAAAGAAAAUGAGCGCUGAGCUCUAACUCCACACAAAACGGAACGACUGGAUCAAAGCUGGUCUCAUCACUGAAGAUGGUGGAGGGGGUAGGAGAGAAUGAUGCAUUAAAGUCUUACACUAAAUGGCUCAAAGGAAGAGAAAAUGUGUGAAAGAUGAGUGGAAAGUAGUAAGAAUGAUGCCAUAGUUAAAAAUCAAAGCUGCUUUUUUUUUUUUGCCUGGGAAGGUGACAUAAAGUCGUCGCCCCCUUUUCAUGUGCUUUAUUAGUGCUGUGUUUAACUCUUGCUUUGAUUGUUUUUAUUUCAGGGGAAUGAUUUAUGAGAAUUAACUUUUGUUGCACUAAAAUCAAACAGGAGACACUAAUUAAAACCUGGACGGACGACAUUGAUGUAAAAGUGAUAUAAAUCAUCUCUGUGCCACCUUUUUCCUUUAGAAGGUCUGUUGGAUCCGUUUGAUGACACCUAAAAUGCUGCUCAUGGUGGAUUUUGACAGGUUGAAAAAUGUUCCAGCAGGAUUUCAAAGCUCAUCUUCAUUUUUGGACAAAAAGUUAAACACGAGUUUUAAAUGGGUUUCCGUGUAAGAUGUAAAAACAUUGGGGCGGUGAAUGAAAGACGUAAGAAUGUUCUUUAGGUUGUUGUUUGGUGUUUUCGGUAUUAAGUUGUUUAUCUGCUGACCUUCGGUGGCAUUACUGUGGAGUGAGGGAGGCAAAAAAGGAAAUAGCAUCAGAUCUCUUGUCUUCAAAAUAGCAAAUUUCUUCCAUUUUUGUGAUAUUUGCUCUCCACUUGAAAGCUAAAAUCACACUUUGGUCUGCAUGUUUCUUUAUUUUCGGCUGGUUUGAUUGGCGGAGCUAUGCAUGUGCAAGUCGAUUUGCUUUAUUCAGAUGAUUAACCGUGCUUUUUCUCUUCAUUCACAGCCUGUUUCAGAUGUAGUCUCAGGAAAUGUUUUAUUUUAAAGACAGCUGCUCAAAAAUCACUUAAGGUGUCAAAUGCAGAGAUGAGCAAUGCUUGGCUUUUUCUCGACUGAUUAAAAUAAGCCAUCCUGGUCAUGAUUUUGAUAAGGACAUAAGGUUUUUCAGGUGGAAUAUUAAUGAUCUUUUCCACUCUGCUACUUGAGAAUUGGAGACUGUUCCGGUAUUUGCUAUUUUCAGUAAUCGUGGUGGUGUAAUGGGUUUACUAUUGGCAACAAGCAUUUCUAAAUAAUUAGAAAUCAUAAUUUUGGUUUCAUGUAAGCCCGUUUUCCAGCUCUUCACUGGGACUGCUGUUCUUCUAGAGAUGAUGGUUGCUUGGGUUUAAAGAAUGGUACAAGUUGGUGCUCGGUUUUAGUAAUUUGUAUAAAAAUGUUUUUUUUUUUUUUUUUUUUUUUUUCAGCUUUGCGCUCCACUUUUCAAUAUGCACGCCUUAAAUAAUAAAGGGUUGUUCCAGAAUAUCCGAAUGAAAGUCAACUUAAAGGCUCGUUUUUGGAUUCUAGCUGGCAAUGUGCGGUACUAGUGUUUGAAGACAUCGUGCUGUUUACGUGACCUCUCCGUGUCGGUUUAAGGCUGAACUCUGCAAAGCUUUUGGUGACUGCUUCCAAUAAAGAUGCAACAGAAGGUUUUUUUGGAUUCAGUUAAUUAUAUAUUUGUUUGUCAAUGUUUUUUACAUUCUGUGAAAUGUAAACAUCGUCUUCUUGUUUUAAAAGGUUUAUAUGCAAAAAGAUUUUCUAGGUUUUGACAAUGUCCUGUAAAAUAAAACCUAUUUUGGUACCUC